AUGUCUCAAGUUAGCAACAGUGAAUUAGGUAAGUUUACCUCCACCCGGUCACCGAUCUACCGCCUCCUCCUCUUCAUUCUUUCUAAUCGCUCACUUCCACAGCUUCUCGCUUCUUCCGUUUUCUCCAUCGGCUUCAGGCGUUUAAGCCUCAAAUUUAGUAGUUUUGUGCUUCGUCGCUUUGAACUAUCAAGAAUGCAAGGAGCAAGCAAAGUAAAAUCGAAUGCAGCGGCGGUAUAG